AUGGCAUCUCCCCUGGAGCAGGCGCUGGCCGUAAUGGUGUCCACCUUUCACAAGUACUCGGGGAAGGAGGGGGACAAGUACAGGCUCAACAAGCAGGAACUCAAGGAGAUGCUCACAAAGGAGCUGCCCAGCUUCAGUGUAAGUGCGGGGCAUGGGAGGGAAACCAGUGAGGCCAGCUUGCAGCAGCUCAUGAGCAACCUGGACUACAACAGCGACAGCGAGGUGGAUUUCCAAGAGUACGUCACCUUCCUGGCUUGCAUGGCCAUGAUGUGCAACGACUUCUUCCAGGACUACCCCGACAAGAUGCCGCGCAGGAAGUGA